AUGUCCGAAGCAGAUCUUCUUCAACCAGGAAACAUAGUCCGCGAACGAUGGAAAGUCAUUAAUAAAAUUGGCGGCGGUGGGUUUGGUCAAAUCUAUGAGGCACUUGAUCUAACUAGCAAAGAGAAUGUAGCACUGAAACUCGAAUCGGCCCGGCAGCCGAAGCAAGUUCUAAAAAUGGAAGUAACAGUUCUCCGGCGUUUACAAGGAAAAGAUCACGUAUGCAAAUUUCUCGGUGGUGGGACCAAUGAAUUAUAUAAUUACGUCGUUAUGACAUUGCAAGGCAAAAAUUUAGCUGAAUUGCGUCGUAGUCAAACACGACAAUGUUUUAAUUUAUCAACAUCAUUACGUAUUAGUUUGCAAAUUCUUCAAGCAAUUGAGUCUAUACAUGCAAUUGGUUUUCUUCAUCGCGAUGUUAAACCAUCGAAUUUCUCCAUGGGACGUUUGCCGACGACAUGUCGAAAAGUCUAUAUGUUAGAUUUCGGUCUAGCACGAAAGUACACGAAUGCGGAAGGAGGUGUACGUGCAGCGCGACCACAAGCAGGUUUUCGUGGAACUGUACGAUAUGCUUCUGUGAAUGCACAUAAAAACAAGGAAAUGGGUCGACAUGAUGAUCUCUGGAGUUUAUUUUAUAUGCUGAUUGAAUUUAUUACAGGACAAUUACCAUGGAGAAGAAUAAAAGAUAAAGAACAAGUUGGGCAAAUGAAAGAUAAAUAUGAUCACACGCAGUUUCUGAAGAGUCUUCCAUCCGAAUUCAAACAAUUCCUUGAACAUAUCCAAACUUUACGCUAUGAAGACAAGCCUGAUUAUGAGCUUCUUCAAAAUUUAUUCCGUACAUCUAUUGCUCGUCGCGGUUAUAAAGAACAAGAUCUUUACGAUUGGGAAAAAGAAACGAACGGUAUCGAGGAUGAACCAACUUCCAUUCCAGUUCCUACUCCACAGCAACAAGUCCUAUCGAAUAUUAACAAUAAAGUUUCAGCAGAAAUGACUAAAGCAGUGAUGACUCCUCAACCUGCUUCAACAAUUAAUACACGUCAACAAGCGACGGAGGCCGAUACUUUAGAUGAACGUUGGAAGCCAACAAAACAACCAAGUGCCCUAUCCGAUCAUUCUCCACGUCGAACUAUUCCACGAAGUCUUGAUCGAAACACGCGACGAUCAGCAGCUGUUCUACAGUCAACUAAUUCCACAGAAAAAGAUACUUCUCUUUCGAAAAAAUUGCAACCACAACCACAGCAUCCCCAUGCUCCUCUUAGUACUACUCAGAUAUCUGAACUAUCUCAACGUUUACGACGUUCGAAUCCAUCGAAGUCGAAUGCUGGUGAACCGUUAACUCCUACGAGUAAACUAAUUGGGAAAGAAGAUUCGCCUGCCAGCGCAUCCCAUUCUGAUUCUGGUAAACUGAAGAAUGGUGCACAGAAUCGAUCGUACCAAUUGAAAGCGUCUGAGACACCUAAUCUAGAUGAACCUCCAUCGCCUGCAGCAGUUAUGUAUACAUCCACCGGUGGUUUCGAACAUGGCAAACCACCUAAAACGCCACGUUCGACACGAACAGCAACGAGCCGUAGCGACGCGGUACCACCACCGCGGCAAACAACAAUAGCACCUCGGGGAGGUGAUAGUGAAGCGAUAUCAAUACCCGCGGCAACCUUUGCGAUGAAAGUCGGACCACAAACGGUUAUGUCUCAAUGGAUGGUGUCACUCGAUGACUAUGUCGAUGAUGAAGGAAGUGAUAAUCAACAUAGUGCUAAAUGGGAAGAUGCACAAGAGAAACUUCAAAGCACAACACACGAACCCUCACAAUAUCAUCCAGCAGCGUCAUCAUUAUCUUCACCUCCUGUGAAUAACAAUCCACUUACUCCGUCCAAUAUGAACAGUCAACAAACAAAAGCAAUUCCUAAUCUUCAAUCACCUAGUGUUUAUGCAACUGUUUUGAAUAGUAAUAUAAAUGCUGGCCGUCAACAACAACAACAACAACCAUCGCUUUCACCACACUAUCACCGACCGUUAUUAAGGAAUGUUGAUGAAAACCAAGGCACAUUGAACAGUUACGAUGGCAAAGAAAAUAAACCAAAAGAAUCAGUUACUCAAUCGAAUGAACAACCCUUACCUGAAUCACUUCCAUUUGAAAACUAUCGUACAACUGAUGGUCCGCCAAAUAGUUCACAUCCGAGAAAUAAUAACUCCGCCGGUGCUAAACGAUUGUCAGAUGAUGAAGGUGGCCAUGAUGGUGACGUUGACGAAGAAGAAGAAGAAGAAGACGAGGAAAUUCAUGAACCAUCCAAGCGCAAACCUGUUGAACAAAUCUUUUCUUCGCAGACUCGACCAACAAAUAUCAUGGGUGAUUCUUUUUCUAGGAAUUUUUCUUCAUCUGCAUUCAUUGAUCAUUCGGCGCGCUCAAGCCCGAAUCAUCCCACAGGAUUGAUGAUGAUGAAAGGAAAUGGACAUACGAAUGAAAAUUUAGGAGAUAAACAAACGCAAGUGAAUCGAAACGGCACAUCAGCUUACGAGCAUCGUACGAUUGUUGUUUCAUCGACAGUCCGACCGAACUCAUCGGGUUCGUCGAGCUCAUCGCCACCACUACCUGUGGAGAAGCAUCAGUCAAUAAAAACUAGAAGAUAUAAUUUUGUUCCCCCUCCAUUCAAUGGUUCACGUUUAAUUGCUAAAUCUACCGAACAGCUCAACCGUUCAUCAACGAACGACAGUUUCGCCAACUAUUCUACACCGCCAACGACACCGCCGACAGUUCCAUCUUUUCAAUUACCGAUCAAAUCUAAUUCGCCAACAUCGAUUCUCAAACAGAAUUUUCAUCAAAAAUAUACGCCGUCAAGUACGCUAGGACAUCAUACAAAUUACACUGGUGACGAAUCGAUUCUUCCCUCUCGAAACGACAAUGGUGAUGAUGAUUUAAAGAAUGGACAACAGCGAUUUUCCAAUGGCAAUUAUGUAUCUUCAUCGACAUCGCUUCAAACUCAACGCGGCGAAGAUUUUCGCAAAAAGCUUUUGUUCUAUGAACAAAAUGCUUCGUUAACGGAGAAUAACAAUUCCUCGCGUCGAUCAUCAUUUCAACAACAAUCAUCUUCCAAUCCGUCCGGUAGUAAAUCUUCGAAUGGCCACAUGAAUCGCCUAACAGGAACAAAUCUUUCGGCAUCGGGCACUUCUGAUCAAAUGCACCGUAGUAAAUCUUAUAAAGAUUUAUCAGAUCCACCUAUCGCUCAUCCCGUUUAUUAUCAACAACAGCCACCACCUUCGUCCUCCUCCUCAUUAUAUCCUUCAGCAUCUUACUAUGCGAAUCACACUAGUAAUCUAUUAGGGAAUGGUAGUGGACUGAUGGACUAUCCACGACGGCAACCAGUUACACUAAAUACUAAUCUAAUAGCUGAUGAUAUUUCUAGUUCAUCUGCAGGUCAUCUACCCAAGCCACCACCGGGUAUACCCAGUCAAAAUGCGAGACGCCGUCGAUACAAAGUAGAUGGUCUUGCUAAUCGUCAAAGGGAUCGUCAUGGUGAAGAUUCAUUGGAACGUUCCCCAAUAACUUGA